AUGCUCCGUCCGAGUCCGACUCCCAAGCCGACGAGUCCACGCUCACCGCUCCCCGCUCCCCCCACUUGGAACAUCGACCGCGCGCUGACGACGACCACGUCGCAACCACCGCAGACGACCGAAAAGAUAGUUCCCCUCCUCUCCGUCUCCCCCGACGGUUCCAAGACCCGCCUCUUCCACGCCAAGUACUUCCUCCCCGUCCAGUCGGACCCGUCCACCUCGAGGAUGGUCGACCUCCCCGAAUCCUACUUUGCGCCCACCGCCGUGGAACUACAGACCGCGUUCGCUGGACAGGUCAAGAAGCGCGAGGACCUGUUGGAGAGGCCUUUGAUGACGCAGAGGUUGAGGGAUAGGGAAGAGGCGACCAAGUCUCGUGAGAGGGCCAGUCGAUGGCCUCAGGUGAGAUCGUUCGUCGCCGGAUCUUCCGUGCCGGAGCCGGAGCUCACCGACUCUGUGGUCAACAGACGAGGAUUCGGGUUCGAUUCGCAGAUAGAUCCCAAUUGGAAGGUGUGUUCCCGAGCACGGACAAGAUGGUCGCCAUCUACGAAUUUGUCAAGCUCGCCCUCUCCGAAGAGAUCCGACAAACCCCGUUCCUCCUCUGUCAGUCCCAUUUGCAAGCCGAGCCACAGCGUACCGAGGCUCUUCCGCUGAGAUUUACAUAUCGGGGACGUGACCAGAUCAAACACCCCCACGAAGAGAGUUUCCGAAAGGCGACCUCAAUUCAAGGGGGAAAUCACUCAUGGAUCUUGAAUUGACGCCGAGCUCGGUGUUUUACAUCAAAUUUCUCGAGCGGCAAGAGCUCGACAGUUAGUCCAGACCCACGCACGACCUACCUCUGCACAGAUUACUAAUUCGCGUACACUAUUCUACGACAGCAAUGAAACCCCCGCCCCUACGACCCGAGCUCAUCGGAGCCGCCGUUCAAUUCCCCCUUCCACCCCCCUUCGACCCAACAGCCAAACCCCCACCAGAUACGAUUGGGAAGAAGACUUCGACGGGGCAAAAGUUGGGCUUUGGAGGCAGUUCGGGUAAAGUGACGCCGAGCUGGAUGAAGUUGGGCAAAAGUACGUCUUUGAGUGGGUGGUUGUCACAUCGGCGCUCGAAAUUCGAGCUGAGCUCCCCUCUUCUCUUUCGUAGAAUGA